UCAGGCCGAUACAUGGAGUAUGACGCGAAGCGUCUGAAUCAGUCUACAUUCGACCGUCGCGCGCGUCGUGCCGCGAAGUCGUGUAGUCGGAGUCGAGUCGGGUCGGUUUGAAUCGAACCGAAUCGAGUCAUCCGACGUGUCGAAACGAGAAAACGCAAAAAAACGAUCGGGUUGCGCGCGGAGGACGGUGGUGUAUACAUAAUAAUAUCAACAAUAGUAACGACUGACCGACGCAAAUCGCGGUCUUAUCGGACCCAACGGGACGGAAGGAGCGGGAGGAUGUGAGAGAAGUUUGCCGCAGAGGAACGAGAAUCCGCCGUUUUUUCCUCGUUGGAUUAGAGGUGUGUACGGAGAGGGACGAUGGUCGACGAGUCAAAUGAAAAAUCGUAACGUGGUUCGAAAGUAAAGGUAGAUAAUCGCGGAGCGGGAGCGCGGAUAAUUAGUGUCGCGAGAGAAAAAUAGGAAAAGAAAGAAAGCGUGUAGCUUGCGCGCGCGGGUAUACUCCGACGACGAAGUGAUCGACGUGUGAAGAUCGCGCGAAUCGAGCGAUAUAUCGAUUUCACUAGUCGCGCGUACGCAGUCGAACGGUGCGUGUGUGUGUGUGUGUGUGUGACAAGAGAGUACCGGCGAUGCACGAGAGGGUGGCGGAACGGAGUAAAUACACGCGAGGCGAAUAGUUCGACGGCGGGUCGAGGGCCGUCGGAAAGCCGGCCGCUCGGCGAGGUUCUUCCGCACGCGCCGAAUGCGCGCCAAGAGGGAUAGAGAGGCGGUUCAUCGUCAAAUCCCCGCACGACGAGCGACGAUUCCGGCCGCGAGAGGAGUCUGUAAUAUGCCAAUAACCGGCGCGCGGCGCGCGGUGAUGUUUAUGACAGAGGUGGCGGCGGUGCGCGGAGUGCAGGAAGCUGGUGCAGAAUUGGACGCGGGCAACUCCACGCGGCGGCAACUCCACGUUAUUGCGACAGGUGCGGGUUAUUACGGCGCGGCCGCUCUCGGCACCUCAUCCGUCUCGCGCGGCGAUAAUAACGCGCGCGAUUCUCGUUAUCCCGAGCAUCGUGCCCGAGUGCGCGCCGCCGUCGCCCAGAAACGUCUCCCCCGUGUCGUCAUCGUCGUCGUCGUCUAGAGGGAGGACGUCUUUCGGAGGACGCGCGCCCUAACGAGGGUGUUACACCGAGACAGUUCUGCCGUUCGCGGACAUUCGCGCGCUCCGUGGACCGAAGGCCGAGAACUGUGGAGGAGGAAGAGGAGGAGAAGGAGGAGGAGGUGGAGGUGGAGAAGAAAACGAAGGAAGAACAAAAGGACAUCCAUUUAUGAUCAAACGAAAAGAGAUAGUGAAUCGAGAAAAAUAUUUCCCGAUCUGUGUUCCUCGCGAAACUUUGCGACCCAUAUUCUCGAACAUUCGUUCUUUCGAGAAGCUCGACAUCGAAAAACCGUCGCAACGGUUCUUUAAUAUAUAACCACGGAAUCCAACGCGCGAUGUAACACGUUGUACGACGCAGAGGAGUUGGGCUUAAAGUUCUGAUCUCCAAAGACCGAUCGGCUCUGUCAGAGCCGAUUCAAGAGCUUUCUCGAUCCGGCCGGGAAAAGACCCCUUCUCGAGGAGAAUCCUAUCGCGAUCCAACGAAACGAUCGCGCGGACGUUCUCAGUGCCCAGAAUCCCGCGAUCCGCGCUCCUCGAUCGAACUCGGUUGCCGUGCCGCCAGAUCGAUCGGCUCCGUGGAAAGAAAAACGCACAGCCACACAGGAAUCGCACACUUAGAUAUUAAAAUCAAUCAAUCAAUCAAUCAAUCAAUCAAUCAACCAAUAGGGCAACACAGUCAAGCUCCAAUCGCGGCCAUUGGAUCCACCUUCGCUGUUUGGAUUCCGUUCGUCCGUCUAUGCGUUCUCUCCCGAUAGAGAAGACCUCGCGACCGGUCGUGUAACGUGUGAGAUUUUAUCAUCGCGACGAUUUCCGCAAAUCAUUCUAUUACUCGUGAACCGCGAAGUACGCGAGGAUGCUAAUGUCGGCAUCGUGUGCGCGUCUGUGCCGAGUAGCAAGCCUGUUCUGAUCGUCAAUUCUGAUGAACGUGACUCGCGGUGCCGGGAAAGUGAGGCUCUAAUUAACUCGUGUGUGACGGCCACUACGUCUACGUGUCACGUUGCCUAGGCAGCGGAUCGCCCAUUUAGGAGACCGAACCGGAGAGGCGGCCAGCUGUUAAUCAGCAGCCACCGCGGUGGACAUGAUUAUUUCAAAGGAUCUGUUCCUCCUUGGCGACCAGGAUUAUCUGCGCCUUCCCGUCAACGAGAAGCGCCAGCAACGGGCAAUGGGCCGGCCGAUCAUCAAUGCUCCCAGAGUGGAAAGCUCAGCGCUGCAGUUGGUGUGCCCGCUGGAUUCUCGUCCGGUGCAGCUAAUCUUCCGAGGAUUGCAGGUGGUCAAGGAGAAGCGAGUGCUCCUUCGAGAUGUUUCGGGAGUCGUCAAGCCAGGCGAAUUAUUGGCCGUUAUGGGCCCUUCAGGCUGUGGUAAAACAACACUGCUGAACUGUUUGUCCGGCCGCGUCGGCGUGGACGGCGGUGAGAUCUGGUUGAAUCGCGAGAGGCUCACCAAACGGUGGCGCAGAAGAAUCUGCUACGUACAACAGCAGGAUAUUUUUUUCCCCGAUCUCACCUUACGACAGACACUUGAGUACCAGGCGAGGCUGAGGCUUCCGGACAUACUCUCACACUCCCAGAAGAUGCAGUGCGUGGAUCACAUCAUCGAGGUCCUCGACCUCGCGGGCUGCCAAGACACCAUCAUUGGAGAUUAUUCGAAGCGGGGGAUUUCCGGUGGUGAGAAGAAAAGGACGAGUAUAGCUUGCGAAUUACUCACGAAUCCAUCAUUAAUGCUACUAGACGAACCCACGAGCGGACUCGACUCGCACUCGGCUCAAGCACUGAUCUCGCGGUUGAAGAAAUACGCCGAGCAAGAGGGUAAGAGCAUCGUGGUGACGGUACACCAACCUAGUUCCAGGAUGUUCCACAGUUUUAGUAAGCUUCUCCUACUGAGUAAUGGUCAAGUGGCGUACUACGGUUCGACGGCGAAUGUCGGCAGAUUCUUCUCUACGAUAGGACUUACGCUACUGCCGCAUUACAACCCCGCAGACUUCAUUCUGGAACAAAUAAAGGGGCCAGAGGAGGUUCGAGAUCGCAUCGUUGCCGCAGCGAGAGCUGCAAGACAGGGACCUGACUGCCCACCGGAACUUCGCCCGGAGUAUAAUCCCAGCCAACAUCCGCUCUGCGACCAUCUCAUCCAUUAUCACGAGCACCACAUCAGCCACAACGUGAAGGAAGACGAAGGCCGUACGCUAUGGUUGGACACACAAAGCCACGCCAGCAGCAGUGCGAGUUCUGCUGAUGACGACUAUUCCUGGCAGUGGCCCACCAGUUUCUGGUCGCAGUUCAAAGUAUUAUCGGAAAGAAAUUUUCAAGAGGCACGACCACGGAUGUUGUCGCGUCUUCACUGGCUGCAAACGGUAGCUCUUGGGCUUCUAACUGGGCUUUUAUGGCUGGGUCUUCCCAGAACUGAAGCAGCCAUUCACGAUAUUCAGGGGUGGAUGUUCUUCAGCAACACAUACUGGAUGCUUUUUGCACAUUUUGGAGCGCUCACGAGCUUUCCCCCGGAGCGCGAGGUGAUCAACAAGGAACGCCUGUCAGGAUCCUAUCGGCUCUCGGCCUACUACCUGGCGAAGAUGGUGGGCGAGCUGCCGUUGACGAUAACGCUGCCCGCAGUCUACCAUAUAAUUAGUUACCCAAUGUUGGGCUUCCAUAAUAUAGCGGUCUUCAUCACGCUGCUCGCAUUCUUGCUGCUCAACACUGUAGUCGCACAGAGUGUCGGAUUCUUCGUGGGCGCAUGCUGCGAAGAUCUGCAGGUGGGCAUCACCGUCUCCGCGCUUUACACACUUUCGACGCAGCUUCUGGGCGGUUAUUUGGCGACGUCGGUCCCACCAUGGCUAGCGUGGGCCAGAUACAUCAGCAUGAUGCAUUAUGCCUAUCAGAAUAUGCAGAUUCUGGAAUUCGGCGUCGGCGAACCGAUCGCAUGCUCCCAGCCGAGUAAGUUCGCCGAGUGCAGAAACGGCACGACGAUACCCGUUUCCGCGAUUUUGGAGAGUCAAGGCGGGGUCAAAGGUUCUGGUCUACCAUUGUGGGCGAACACAGCGGUGCUACUGGCGUUCCUAAUCGUUUUCCGCACCCUGGGCUACCUCGUCCUGCGUUACUACCGUGUACCAAAAUGAGCGUGUUUGGGAGACACGCAAGUAGCACGCAAAUUCUCGACACGACUUUCGCGGAUCUUCAGUUUUGUUACUACAUCAUAGAGUAUUAUAGCAACCGAUCGUCGCUGUCGUCGCUGUCGCGCGUCUCGCCUCUUGUUCGUCGCGGAAUGGAAAAAAA